AACAAAUACUGCAACAUGCAGAGCUAUUAGCCUAAGAAGUCAGAAAGGGGAGGAGAGAGUGAUCAUUUUUAUAAACAAACCCCCUCCCCCUGAAUUCUAAAACUUGGAACACUUAAGCAACACAGAACAUGCUGUGGAUUUAUGCUUGCUGAAAGAUUGCUUUGAUCCAGACAUUGACAUAAAGAGGAAUAUUGGAUCUGUGGAGGGAAUGCACUAUACAGAGCUCAAGAACGAGACACUGCUAAUCUGUACGUGAGUGGCAUGGCAUCAAAUCACAGCACUUCUCCCCAAGAUGACCAUCUUCCUCAUUACCUCCAGGAUGAAGACCCCUUUGCAUCAAAACUCUCUAGGGAAGCUGACAUAGUAGCUGGAUUUUAUUUAACAGUAAUUGGGGUUCUUUCAACUUUUGGGAAUGGCUAUGUUCUUUAUAUGUCCUUGAAACGGAAGAAGAAGCUCAGACCUGCUGAGAUAAUGACUGUCAAUUUAGCCGUGUGUGACUUGGGGAUUUCAGUUGUAGGAAAACCAUUUAGUAUAAUUUCCUUCUUCUCUCACCGAUGGGUGUUUGGCUGGCUGGGCUGCCGUUGGUAUGGAUGGGCUGGCUUCUUCUUUGGCUGUGGGAGCCUUAUCACCAUGACAGCUGUCAGCCUGGAUAGAUACCUGAAAAUUUGUCAUUUAACUUACGGUACCUGGCUUAAGAGACAUCAUGCCUUUAUCUGCCUGGCAAUAAUCUGGGCCUAUGCUACGUUUUGGGCUACGGUGCCAUUUGCUGGUUUGGGGAACUAUGCUCCUGAGCCAUUUGGAACCUCGUGCACUCUGGAUUGGUGGCUGGCUCAGGCUUCAGUGGCUGGACAGGCAUUUAUUCUGAAUAUUCUCUUCUUUUGCCUCUUGCUCCCAACUGCAGUGAUUGUGUUUUCCUAUGUUAAAAUCAUUGCAAAAGUCAAGUCGUCCGCCAAAGAAGUUGCUCAUUAUGACACCAGGAUUCAAAACAAUCAUGUCCUGGAAAUUAAAUUGACCAAGGUGGCAAUGUUGAUCUGUGCAGGAUUUCUAAUCGCCUGGAUCCCAUAUGCCGUGGUAUCAGUGUGGUCAGCUUUUGGACAGCCAGACUCAGUGCCCAUUCAAGUUUCAGUCAUCCCAACCUUGCUUGCAAAAUCGGCAGCUAUGUACAACCCAAUUAUUUACCAGGUCAUUGAUUGUAAAUUUUCCUGUUGCCGCUCCUUGCAGAAGAAGAGCUCUUUGAAGAAAUCCAGGCUGUAUACGAUAUCUGGAAAUAGAGAGCCAACAGCAAUGAACGAAACCCACCUGGAGGUGUGACGGCAUAUGGACAGGCGUAUGGAAACAUGCUGACAAUCCUUUUCUUCUCAGUUUCUUCCUUUGCAAAUUAGGUAAAAUACAUUGGCAGAUUUAUUUUAGUAUUUCUUUUCCCCUCUAACCUACUACCAUGUAAUUUUUCACCCUAACUGGAGUAUCAACAUUAGAGCUGGGCAAAUAGAAGAAGAAAAUACAGAGAAUAUUCAUUUGAAUUAAAACUGUGAAUUCACUUUGGCUGGAUUCAAAACCCUUUUUAUUUAUUUUUCUGUGCACGUACUAUGAGUGACUCUUUUCUACAUGGAAAGUGAAAGUCUCAUGAGUACUCAUGCUAUGCAUUUGUAAAGCUAUCUUGAAAUCGCUUGAUUUCCCUCUUCCUCUUUAUCAACGUUAUCCAAUCCAAGGAGCAGAAAUUAAUCAUGCACCACAAAGAGCCAAAAUUGAAGUGCGGUGUUUGCCAAUAGCUCCUCUGGUUGAAAUGCAUUUGCAAAUGAAAUCUUGAAUCAUGAACAAAUUUGUAAAGAGAAGCAAAGUCUAUUCCUGGAAAAUCCACAAAUAAGAAAAGGGGUUAAAUUGGUCCAGUAAUUUAUUGGUACAAUAGUUUGCCCAUCUCUAAGCACUAGAAAUGCUGGGCGAAAAUGCUGGGCGAUGUGAUAGAAAUGCUGAUAACCAGCAGAAGGUCAAAUGUAUAAAACAGAUAUUCCAUGCCCACCGCGCACACAAACACACACACACUCUCUCUCUCACCGCUCUUAUACCCAUCCCUUAUGAUGUUGGUUUUAUAUAUACAAUGGCAAAGCUCUCUCCUGACCUUAACUAUAAACCCACACACACAGCUUCCAUAAUAAUUAUUUACAGUUUGGUUCAGACAGCACCUUCCGCUUCUUUUCUGGAUUGACCAUUGAAAUGUAGGCACCAUUACACAGACAGACACUAAAGGUAAAUAUUUGACAUUUGUAUAUUAUUUCAUCAAGAAAACCUUAUUAAAAUGCAAAAUAAAUUAAUUUCAAAUGAAAGCAGCUUUCAUAUUUAAUAUAAAAUCUCAAG